AUGCGACUCUUGAUAUUAGCAGUUAUUGGUGAGAUGCGUCAGGCACCAGCACCAGUCCCAGCUCCAACUCCAGCGCCGCAGUGUCAGCCUGCUGCAGCGGCACCAGAGGUUCAGCCGCCACCAGUUCAUGUGACCGCCCUGCCAGACUUAAAGGACAGAGAGAUGCCACUGCGCGAGCAGAAGAUGCUCAGGAUAUUCCAGAGGUUGGCACCGCAAAUAUUUUCAGGGGUGAUUGGGGAAGGCACCCACGAGAUCCAGCUCAUUUGCCAAGAGCAACUACAGUCAUUAGGCCUCUUGGAGUCGAGAGGAGCCGACUUUACCACUCAUCAGUUCCGUGGGCCAGCCAGGCAGUGGUGGCGCACGUAUCGAGAGUCCAGGCCAGUUGGAUCGCCUUCUAUAUCUUGGAGUGAGUUCUCAGAGGCUUUCUUGGCCCAGUUCAUGCCAUGGAGCGUCAGGGAUAUGACUAGAGGGAGAGACUCCUAUGAUAGGCCCCGCCAGAGGUUCCAGCAGGGUCAGUCUAGUCGGCCUGUUCAGGCAGCAUUACCUGCUUUUGAGGAAGCCAGCAUCAGCAGGAUGGUCCUAGUACGGGCUAAAGUUCGAGAGGAUCAGAUUCUCUCCCUUCCUACCGCGGUCGGGUUACUUCAGGCCAUUCAGCUUCAGGGUGUUUUGAUUGCGGUGCGCUUGACCAUUGGUCUAGAGUGUGCCCCCGGCAAGGGCGAGGGGCGAUUGUACCAGCUCCCCUUGCACCUAGACCAGUUUCAACAGUGCCCCCUCCAGCUAGAGGUGGUGGUCAGGACCAAGAUCGUCGGGACAACCAACAGGGUACCAGAAGCGGAGCUUGAGGAGCCUGCUACAGUAUUAUUUGAUCCCGAGUCCACAUUCUCAUAUGUAUCUGUUUAUUUUGCUCCCCGAUUGGGUAUGAGGUAUGAGUCUUUGGCAGAGCUAAUUCAUGUUUCGACCCUGGUGGGUGAGUCCUUAGUAGUAGAUCAGGUAUUGCGAUCUUUCUUAGUGACUAUCCAGGGUUAUGAUACUAGAGUUGAUCUUAUUCUGCUAGAUAUGGUUGAUUUUGAUGUUAUUCUGGGCAUGGAUUGGUUAUCCCCUACCAUGCGUUCUUGGAUUGCUAACGCCAAGACCGGUGCUUAUAGUCACACACCGACGGGGAUCAUCUCGUUUAUGCGAGCUAGACGGUUGGUUGCUUCUGGGUGUUUAGAUUAUUUGGCCUAUGUGCGAGAUAUGAGUAGGGAGGGCCCUUCAGUUAACUCAGUUUCUGUGGUUAGAGAGUUUGCAGAUGUGUUCCCUAGAGACCUACCUGGCUUACCCCCAGAGCGUGACAUUGAUUUUGCCAUAGAUUUGGAGCCCGACACCCGUCCUAUUUCUAUUUUGCCUUUCCGAAUGGCUCCUGUAGAGCUCAGGGAGCUCAGUGUUUAG